UUUUGGGAUUCAGCAUGAUGGCAGCGGUAAUGACUGUGAACCCGUUGGGAAACGACCUUUCGUCAUGUCUCCACAGCUCCUGUACGGCACCUCUUUGCCCAGGUGGUCACGCUGCAGUCGCCAAUACAUCACCCGCUUCCUAGAUUUCCCUAAUGUAUGCAGCACUCUGUGGUGCACUGUGGGAACAACCUGCCACUCAAAGCUGGAUGGGGCUGUGGAUGGAACGAGUUGUGGGGAGGACAAAUGGUGCUUUGGUGGGCAGUGCGUUGCAGUUGGAUAUUACCCUGAGAUUAUAAAUGGCGGCUGGGCGUCCUGGAGCCCGUGGUCAGCCUGUUCGAGGACCUGUGGUGUUGGUGUCCAGAGCGCUGAAAGAGAGUGUGAUAACCCAGUUCCUAGGUACAGAGGGAAGUAUUGUCUGGGAGAGCGACGCAGGUACAAGAUCUGUAACACCACACCUUGUCUUCAUCACCUGCCCACGUUCAGGGACAUCCAGUGUAGUCACUUCAACAGUCAGCCAUACAAGGGCAAGUUCUACAAGUGGGAGGCAGUCAUCAACACGGUGAACCCCUGUGAGCUGCACUGCCGUCCACUGAAUGAAAACUUUUCUGAGAAGAUGCGCGAUGCUGUCAUUGAUGGGACACCUUGUUAUGAAGGCAACAAAAAGCGAGAUAUAUGCAUCAACAGCAUUUGUAAGAAUAUAGGCUGUGAUUACGCGAUAGAUUCCACUGCUGUAGAGGAUCGCUGUGGAGUGUGCAAUGGUAACGGCUCCACCUGUACAACUGUGAGGAAAGCAUUUGAAGAGAGUGAAGGACUGG